AGGUGGUCCUGCUUCUUCGCAGGGAGGUAAAAUCAUGUUCAGACUUCUAACUCAGCAGACCAGGAGAACACGGCGCUGCGUUGCCGACCAGAGGCGCUAUGAGCACCACAGGAGCAUCUUGGCGAUCCGUCGUGAGGAUGUCAACCCAUGGGAGAGACGGGCGCCGCUGGCCCCACGACACGUCAAGGAGCUGACCAACGUCGGACACAAGGUCCUCAUCCAGCCAUCCAACAGGAGAGCCAUCCAUGAGAAGUACUAUGAGAAAGCAGGGGCCAUCGUUCAGGAAGAUAUUUCCGAGGCCUCACUUAUCAUCGGUGUUAAAAGACCGCCGGAGGAAAAGAUCUAUCCAGGGAAGACGUAUGCGUUCUUCUCCCACACCAUCAAGGCUCAGGAGGCCAACAUGGGCCUUCUGGAUGACCUGCUGAAGAAGGAAGUCCGUCUGAUAGAUUACGAGAAGAUGGUUGAUGCUAACGGCUACCGGAUUGUGGCUUUUGGCCAAUGGGCUGGUGUUGCAGGAAUGAUUAAUAUUCUACAUGGGUUAGGACUGCGCUUCCUGGCUCUUGGUCACCACACGCCCUUCAUGCAUAUUGGCAUGGCUCACAACUACAGAAAUGUCAGCCAAGCCAUCCAGGCAGUAAGGGAUUGUGGGUAUGAGAUUUCCAUGGGACUAAUGCCCAAAUCCAUCGGCCCUGUGACGUUUUGCUUCACGGGAACUGGCAACGUCUCAAAGGGAGCUCAGGACAUCAUCAAUGAACUUCCUGUCGAAUAUGUUGAACCUCAUGAGCUGAAAGAUGUCUCAGAAACUGGAGACCUAACCAAAGUUUACGCCACGGUGCUGAGUCGACAUCACCACCUGAUGAGGAAGAGCGACGGCAUCUACGACCCCAUGGAAUAUGAGAACCACCCUGAACUUUACACCUCCAAUUUCAGGACCAGCGUGGCACCUUACACGACGUGUCUGGUCAAUGGCAUAUACUGGGACCCCCACACCCCCCGCCUCCUCCGGCGUCUUGAUGCCCAGAAGCUGAUGAGGCCCACCAAACCCUCGUCUUCAACCACUGAAGGAUCACCACAUCUUCCACACAAACUGUUAGCCAUUUGUGACAUCUCUGCAGACACUGGGGGCUCUAUUGAGUUUAUGAAUGAGUGCACCACCAUCGAUAAGCCUUUCUGUAUGUACGAUGCAGACCAGCACAUCGACCACGACAGUGUGGAAGGGAACGGCAUCCUCAUGUGCUCCAUUGAUAACUUACCUGCCCAGCUUCCCAUCGAGGCCACCGAGUACUUUGGCGACCGCCUCUACCCGUACAUCUGGGAGAUGCUUCCCUCUGACGCCACCAGGCUGCUGGAGGAGGAGGACUUCAGCCCACAAGUCAGAGACGCCGUCAUCACUUCCAACGGGAAACUCACCCCCAAGUUUGAAUACAUUGAGAAGCUUCGGGAAAGAAGGCAGCAGGCUCAGAUCCUGGAGAAAGGCGGAAUGAAGCGAGUCCUCCUGCUGGGCUCUGGUUAUGUGUCAGGACCUGUCAUUGAAUACCUGACCCGUGAUGAGGGGACACAAGUGACCGUCGCCUCGGUGUUGCUGACCCAGGCGGAGGAGUUAGCAGCCAAAUAUCCGAACACCAUUCCCAUCAUGUUGGAUGUCAGCAGCCAGGAAAACCACCUGGAUUCUCUGCUGAAAGAACACCAGCUUGUCAUCAGCAUGCUGCCGUACAGCUUCCAUCCAAUGGUUGCCAAACACUGCAUCAAGAACAAGGUGAACCUGGUGACCGCCAGCUACCAGAGUCCAGCCAUGAAAGAACUUCAGCAGAGUGCAGAGGAAGCGGGUAUAACCAUUGUGAACGAGAUGGGUUUGGAUCCCGGCAUCGACCACAUGUUGGCCAUGGAGUGUAUCGACCAGGCCAAGACUGAUGGGUGCACCGUCGAGUCCUACAGUUCAUUCUGCGGUGGACUUCCUGCUCCUGAGUGUUCAGACAAUCCUCUGCGCUACAAGUUCAGUUGGAGUCCAUAUGGAGUUCUGCUCAACACCAUCAGCCCUGCUGUGUUCCUCAAAGACAACCAGGUGGUGAGUAUCCCACCCGGAGGUUCUCUCAUGGACUCUACGGUGCCGAUGGACUUCCUGCCAGGUUUCAGUCUGGAGGGUUUCCCAAACCGAGAUAGCACCAAGUACGCUGAACCCUAUGGCAUCCAGUCCACACACACUCUGGUCAGAGGGACGCUCCGAUUCAGGGGCUUCACCAAUGCCAUGAGUGGAUUUGUUAAGUUGGGUCUGAUCAACUCUGAGCCCGCCCCCAUUCUACAGCACACCUCAGCACCAGUCUCCUGGAAAGAGCUGCUGUGUAAACAGAUGGAUGUGUCUCCGUCCAUCUCCCAUGAGGCCUUUGAGGCAGCAGUGUAUGACCGCGUUGGACAGGAUGAUUUCAGGAUGGACACGCUGAGAUGGUUUGGUAUGCUGAGUGAGGAGACAGUCCCCCAUGCUCCCAGCAUCCUCGCUGCUCUGGCCAAGCACCUGGAGGCCCGGCUCUCCUUCGAUAAGGGUGAGCGAGACAUGAUCAUCAUGCGGAAUGACGUUGGUCUGCGUCAUCCCACUGGAGAGCUGGAGACCAAACACAUCAGCCUGGUGGUCUACGGAGAGCCGCAGGGUUUCUCUGCCAUGGCAAAGACUGUUGGUUACCCAGCAGCCAUCGCUGCACGCAUGCUGCUCCACGGAGAAAUCACCACGAAGGGUUUGGUUGUCCCCAUGACGAAGGAAGUGUACGGUCCGGUUCUCCAGCGGCUGAAGGAAGAAGGGCUUCACUUCACCGCAAAGAGCAGCCUGCAGGAGUAGAAAAGAUAUCAACCAGACUGUUUAUUGGCACACGUCAGAACGAGAACAGCCGGCGUGUUUUCUGAGCGGACGAUAACGUUCUUUCUGAAGAGAGGAAAUACAUCACCCACAAGAACGAGUUUCCUUCCUGUGUCCA